AUGACCAAAACAACUAAAGAGGAAUCUGUGGAGAAGAUCAAGCACAUGACGAAGCCCUACGAUGUACACUCCCUGCGUGUGUUCCUUGGACUGGCUGGCCACUUUCGUGCGUUCGUCCAGGAUUACGCCGCAAGAACAAGAAGUCUAACGGCUUUACUUCGCAAGGACGUUCGCUUCCACUGGACUACGCAAUGCGAAGCUGCUUAUCAAGACAUUCUUGCAGCAAUCACUUCCAACCCCAUCUUGACACUACCGGAUUUCAAGUUGCCAUUUGAGCUGCGUACCGAUGCCUCCCACUUUGGAACGGGCGCUGUAUUAUACCAGCGUGACGUGAUGAAAUCCGCCGCCCAACAAAUGACAGCUAUAAGGUACUACUCAUACACCUUCAACGACACGGAACUCAAUUAUAGUACAACAUAG